CAGAAAACGCGUUAUUUUAUUUUCUAUCAUGAUAUUAUGAAUCAUCUGGGACAACGGAGAUUAGUGCACUUGUGCAUUAUUUUGACAGUUGACUUUUAAAGCAUUGUGUAUCUGUCAGCUGUCAUAGAAAGUGCAAUUAGUGGAACGUGAAACAAAUAGAUAGUCAAAAACAGUUCAGUGUUUUGAAGUGAGCUGACAACACUGCCACUGAAAUAUACCUAUUUAUUCAAAAGAAAAUUGUGUUAACAUAAUAUUUUUGGUUCACAAGGGGUGGACUGAGAAUGAAGUUUUGAAUGAAAGUGUUUUUGUUUUUUUUUUUUGAAGUGAGAUAUCUACCUAUAAUAAUUGUAAUAUUUAUAUCUAAGUAGGUACCUUGGUACCUAUAUUAUACAACCUCUCCAGAAUAGAAAACAUGUAUAUCAAAUCAUUCCUAUUACUUUUGAUAACCCUUACUUUAAUCGCAAAAAGUCACGGAGGGACAGAAAUUGUCAAUGGUUUGAUAUACUUACUGGUUGGAAUCGGUAACGAGCUUGACAGGAUAUUCGAAAUAUUCAAAGGUAGGCCGGACUUCAACACAUGGUACGUUACAAAUAUAUGGAAACUGAAAGAAGUUGCAGAAGAUGAAUAUGAUUUCAUAAUAGUAGGUUCUGGAUCAGCUGGAUCUGUGCUGGCCAAUAGAUUAUCAGAAGAGAAAAAUUGGAAAAUUCUCAUAUUGGAAAUAGGUGGUCCAGAAACGGCAUUUAUGGGCGUACCCCUCCUAGCUCCAGCCUUUCAAUUCACCCAAUACAACUGGAGAUACUUUACGGAACUCCAAGACGGCCUUUUCUAUGGUCUUAAUGAUGCCAGAAAUCAUUGGCCCAGAGGAAAAGCUUUAGGAGGCUCAAGUGUUAUCAAUUACAUGAUUUAUUCUAGAGGAAAUAAAUGGGAUUAUGAUCGAUGGGCUGCUCUUGGAAAUCCAGGCUGGUCGUAUGAUGAAGUCCUACCGUACUUUAUAAAAUCAGAAAACGGCACUAAUCUUCAAGAUAUUGUCUCUGAAGUUCACGGUACAAAGGGUCCAUUAUCUGUUGAGAACAUUUACGGAGCACAGCUAUUAGAUGCAUUUCUUGAAGCUGGACCAAUGUUGAAUUUGCCUGUCAUUGACUAUAACGCAAAUGAGGAAUCACUGGGUGUGGGUCGCAUGCAAGCAACUGUCAAAAAAGGCCAUAGAUUUAGUGCGGCCACAGCUUACCUAUGGCCAGUCAGGGAGCGGCCUAAUUUAGAUAUUAUAAUCAAAGCCUACGUUACCAAAGUACUUAUAAAUACUACAACUCAAACAGCUUAUGGUGUUGAAUAUACUAAAAAUGGCAGAACGUAUACAUCGAAAGCUACAAAAGAAGUUAUUUUGUCAGCUGGUACUUUCAAUUCGCCACAACUAUUGAUGUUAGCAGGAAUUGGGCCAAAGCAACAUUUGGAAAACCUAGGAAUUGAAGUUUUAAAAGAUUUACCUGUAGGUCAGAAUUUGUACGAUCAUUUAACAUUCCCAGGACUAACUUUCCUGAUAGAUCAACCUGUCGAUUUAUCUCCUGGAUUAUACUUACCAAGAUUAGACGAGUAUUUAAAAUAUGGAACUGGUCCCUGGACAUCUUUAUCAGGUCCAGAGGGCUUAGGAUACGUUAAAACCGCCUUGGCUGAUUACACCGAAGACUAUCCUGAUAUUGAGUUGCUUUUCAUUGAUGGCACUCUGGCUAGUGACUUGGGAUUAGUCACUUACAGAGGUAUGAAUAUCAGGGAUGAUGUGUUUAAAAGUGUAUUUUCACCUUUGUUGAACUUUCAUGCAUGGUCGAUAUUCCCCAUACUUUUACAUCCUAAAUCAUUGGGAGGCCAUAUGGAGCUACGUUCAAAGAACCCCUACGAUUACCCACGAUUUUAUGGCAACUAUUUCACAGACCCUAACGAUCAUGAUUUAGAAACUUUUGUGGAAUCCAUAAGGAUUAUCCAAAGAUUUUCGAACACUACAGCAUUCCAAAAAUACGGGUCAAGACUAAAUCCUAAACCAAUGAAGACAUGUGGCCAUUUAACCUUUGAUAGCGACAGCUAUUGGAAAUGUUGCAUUAAAUCCAUUGCAGUUACCCAACACCAUCAAGUCGGUACAGUCAAAAUGGGCCCCGAGGGAGAUCCGACAGCGGUGGUCAACCCAAAUCUUCAAGUAUACGGCAUUAAAAAUUUGAGAGUAGCAGAUUGUAGUAUAAUUCCCAUCCCCAUAGGAGCUCAUAGUAAUGGCCCGGCAAUGAUGGUGGCCCAAGAAUAUGAUUUCAUAAUAGUAGGAGCAGGUUCUGCAGGUGCAGUAAUAGCCAAUCGACUAUCAGAAAUUGCAGAUUGGAAAAUUUUGUUAUUAGAAGCCGGAGGCCCAGAAACUAGCCUCAUGGGUGUACCUCUUUUAGCUCCAGCAUUUCAACUAACUCCCUACAACUACGAAUACUACACGGAACCUCAAAAAAACGCCUUCAGCGGUUUGAAUGCCAACAGAGUGCACUGGCCUAGAGGUAAAGUUCUUGGGGGCAGCAGCAGCCUCAAUUAUAUGAUGUACACCAGAGGUAACAAGUUGGAUUAUGACAAAUGGGCUGCAGACGGAAACGAAGGCUGGUCGUACGAGGAACUAUUGCCGUAUUUUAUAAAAUCUGAAAAUGCUUCUGGACUCAACGAUGCCCCUGUAGAUGAGGAAAUUCAUGGGACAGACGGUCCUCUGUCGAUAGAGCAUAUUUACGAUUCCAAACUAGUACAAGCGUUUAUUGAAGGAGGACCUGAAAUUGGACUAGACGAGUUUGAUUAUAAUGCUAAUAAGCAACCUUAUGGAGUCAGUCGUAUACAAGCAACUGUUUUGAAUGGCCACCGUCAUAGUACUGGUAACGCCUUCCUAUUUCCCAUCAAAGAAAGGCCAAAUUUGGACAUAGUCAUAAACGCCUUUGUCACUAAAAUACUUAUCGAUCCAGAAACAAAAGAAGCCUAUGGAGUGGAGUAUGAAAAAGGUCAUAAGACAUAUCAAGUGAACGCCAUAAAAGAAGUGAUAGUCUCAGGUGGAACAAUCAAUUCAGCACAAUUGCUCAUGCUCUCAGGAAUUGGUCCCGAAGAUCAUUUGAGAGCACUAGGUAUUGAUGUUAUAGCAAAUUUACCAGUUGGGAGGAAUCUGAAAGAUCAUCAGAUGUUUCCAGGUAUCUCCUUUGAAAUAGAUGAAGCCGUAGAUCUAAACUCUUGGUCAUAUCUUACAUCUCUAAUUCCUUAUCUAAGACAUGGAACUGGUUUAUGGACCAGUCUUGGAGGUGUGGUAGGUAUAGGAUACACGAAAACUGAAGAAGCUGAUUAUCCAGAAGAUUAUCCAGACAUGGAGCUAAUAUGUUUAGCUGGAACUGUGGCCACUUUCAACAUAAAAGAUUCAGUUUGGAGAAAAGUCUUUAGACCACUACUGGCCGGUCAUGCUUUUUCAAUAUUUCCUGUACUUUUGCACCCCAAAGCCACAGGUUACAUGGAAUUGGUUUCAAAAGAUCCGCAUAAACAUCCAAAAAUUUUUGCAAACUAUUUUACAGAUAAAAACGAUUUUGAUGUGAAAACCAUACUGAAAGGGCUAAGAAUAAUUCAGAAAUUAGUUGAGACGAAGCCUUUUCAAGAAUUGGGAGCCAGAUUAAAUCGAAGAUCUAUGGACGAAUGUCAAGAUUACCUGUUUGAUAGUGAUAAUUAUUGGAAGUGCGCCAUUCGGGCUAUGACUGUAACAAUCUACCAUCAAACCGGUACCGCCAAAAUGGGUCCUUUGGAUGAUCCCGAGGCGGUAGUAAACCCCAAGCUACAAGUGUAUGGUAUUAAAAAUCUCAGAGUGGCGGAUUGCAGUAUAAUUCCCGGAUCACCAACGGGACAUACAAACGCAGUAGCUAUAAUGAUAGGAGAAAAAGCUAGUGAUAUGAUCAAAGAAAAAUGGGGAGAAUUAUUGUGAAAAAAAUAAUGAAAUCCAGAAAACGUUUACGAAUAAUUAGGUUUGUAUGUUUUACAUAUUAAUUUUAUACCACCUAAUAAACUGCUAUUUAUAA